UGUCUCACAUCGUGUCUCAAGUGUGCAUCCGAUCACCCCUUCAAUUGAUCCCAGCAUUCAUUUCACUAUUAAUUACUCAAUUAUAUAACCAUAUAAUCAUACCAUUGGCUCCACUUUGACCACAACUGGGAAGUGAUGUCCGACAAGACGUUAAGCGAAGAUAUUCUGCGACUAUUGAACGAGAGGUCGACAAUCAAUUCAUUGAGUCUUUCCAAUGAGUUAUCCAUUGAUCACCAGAAGAUUGUUGGCGUCAUUAAGAGUUUGCAGUCGUUUGGAGAUAUCAUUCAAUGUUCACAACAUGAGAGCAAACGCUUUGAUUUGACUCGUGAGGGACAACAGAUGGUGGAGAACGGCAGCCAUGAGGCCGUCGUAUGGAAAGCGGUUCCCGAAGAGGGCAUUGAACAGACACUUCUGAUGAAGUCGUUCACAGAUGCAAAUGUGGCCAAACUUGGCUUCAGUAAAGCCAUGUCUCAGAAGUGGAUUGUAAUCGACAAGACAUCCAAUAAACCAAUUGUCAAACGAAAAGUGGACGCAAUUGAAGACGAGGUUCAGCUUCUGUUAAACCGAAUCAGUCAUAUGGAUAUCAAUGAGGUGAACGAACAGCAGAAACAAGACCUUAAGAAACGGAAAUUAAUACAAGAAGUGAUUGUCAAGAGUUAUGACAUCGAAAAGGGAGAGAACUUUAGUUUAAACGUUGAGAAACAAGAGACGGAUAUAACGGGAGAAAUGAUCGCAAAGGGCUCGUGGAAAGAGAAACAGUUCAAGGAUUACAACUUCGAUGCGAUGGGUAUUCCUCCAGAAAGGGGUCAUUUGCACCCUUUGCUCAAAGUUAGGCAACAGUUUCGGCAAAUAUUUCUGGAGAUGGGGUUCACAGAAAUGCCGACCAAUCGAUUCGUUGAGAGUUCGUUCUGGAACUUUGACGCCCUGUUUGUGCCCCAAAAACAUCCGGCGCGUGAUCUUCAGGACACCUUCUUUCUAUCUGAUCCACAGACUUGUAAUGAAGUGCCCGUCGAUUACAUGGCACGCGUCAAACAAGUCCACAGUUGCGGUGACUUCGGCUCUCAGGGCUAUCAAUACGAGUGGAAGACUGAAGAGACGCGAAAGAAUGUGUUGAGAACACACACGACAGCCAUCAGCGCCCGAAUGCUCCACGAUUUGGCGCAGGAAUGCAAAGGCAAGGCCUUCCGUCCCGUCAAACUCUUCAGUAUAGACCGUGUCUUCAGGAAUGAGUCGUUAGACGCGACACAUUUGGCCGAAUUUCAUCAGAUUGAAGGCGUGAUCGCAGACGUGGGCCUCACGUUAGGAGACCUGAUGGGAAUCAUUAGGGAAUUCUUCCUAAAGCUGGGAAUUGGAAAUCUUCGCUUUAAACCGACGUAUAAUCCCUACACCGAGCCAUCGAUGGAGAUGUACAGCUAUCACGAGGGACUCAACAAAUGGGUUGAAAUCGGGAACUCUGGUGUUUUUAGGCCAGAGAUGUUGUUACCAAUGGGUUUACCACCGAAUGUGAAUGCGUUGGGCUGGGGGUUAGGCCUUGAAAGGCCCACAAUGAUUAAGUAUGGCAUCAAUAAUAUACGGGAUCUUUGCGGACAUAAAAUGGAUCUGCAAUUGGUUUAUGAUAAUCCCCUUUGCAUUCUAUAAGUUACUGAUAGCUAACAACUAUAUCAGUGAUAUUUAUUCAAUUUUCAAAGCAUUUUUUAAACAUAUUUUGUGAUUAUUUACAUAUAAUUGAGACCAAAUGAUAAUAAACUAUAAUUUAUUAUAAAUUAGUUGAAAAACAAAUGUGAAAA